AUUGCCAUUUACUGUAUGACGUACCAAAAUGGAAGAAAAACCUAUGACCAUGGUUUCAUCUUAUGCUGUCAUUUAUAGCCUCUGAUUAAUCUAAAGCUGGGAAGGACAUAUCAAAGAUUGUUGGUGCCUCUGGUACAUACCUAAUAUAUCUAGCUUGCUUUGCUAAUCUGCCCACAAGUUUCUACCAAAGCCUAGCAUGUAUCAUGUAAAUCAAACUUGAAACAAAAGUGGUGUGUAUAAAUCAUAUAUUGGGAGUAUAUAGGUUAUACAUUUUGGCUAUUAUCCUUUCUCAUUGGAACUUUUCGCUUGCUAGUGUGAAUGUAGGGUUAGGGUUUAGCACUGAAAAACAUUAAUACAAAAGGAUCUCUCAGUACACUACAGACUAUAAUUUGGGUUAACCAACAUUGUUUCCAAACACCCACGUUCAUCAUGUAAACAUUCUUUAUUAAUACUGCAGGUCAUGGUAUUAAUUAAUAGAAUGAGUUAACAAGAUGUCAACCUGUGUAGUGUGUAAUCUAUGCUUCAUUAUUUUCUGAUGAGCUAAGGGUUAGUGCAUGCAUUAAUUCAUUAUCAUGAAAGUUUAAGUUAAGUAUUGAUUGGGUGAAAUAAGAUAUACUGGGAGGUCAGGGAUACUGGGACAGUAAAACUUGGAAGCAUUUAUUUUCCAGCCUGAUAAGUGAAAGUCAAAACUUAUCUUAGUAUGCCCUGCUUGAUAAAAAUGACAUGAAUUAAUUAAUGUAUUGUUUCAUUAAAAUGGGCUGUGGUCAGCAUCAGACAGAAAGCUGACCAAAAAAGCUUGAGACAGGAAAAAAUGGCAUAUGCAUUGACCAUUUUUAUAAGGUUCUAAAAAUUGUCAUGACUUGCACAUAUUUAUGAUACCUAUCUACAUAAUAUGUACUACUGUAACAAAACAAACAUGUAUCAGACAUGUUGUCGAUCAAAAUGGUUUUCAGUCAGUUCUGACAAUAAGGCUUAAGCCAUGCUUCUUUAGAAUAUACACUAUAUGCUCAAAAUUUUGUGGACACCUGACAAUCACAAUCAUACUGUAUAUGCUUGUUGAACGUCCCAUUCAAGAUUUAGUACCCCUUUGCUGUUAUAAUAACCUUCACUCUUCUGGGAAGGCUUUCCACUAGAUUUUGGAGUGUGACUGUGUUCAUCUGAAAGGUGUUCAGUGGGGCUGAAGUCAGGGCUCUGUGCAGGACACUCGAAUUUUUCCACUCAAACCUUGGCAAAGCAUGUCUUCAUGGAAUUUGCUUUGUGCACAGGGGCAUCCUCAUGCUGGAACAGGUUUGGACCUUUUACUUUCCAUGAAGGGAAAUUGUAAUGCUACAGCAUAGACAUCUUAGACAAUUCCGCACUUUCAACUUUGUGGCAACAUUUUAGGGGAAGGAAGGCUCACACAUGGGUGCGAUGCUCAGGUGUCCACAAACAUUUGGCCAUAUAGGGUAUUUCACAAUCACAUGACUGGAGGUUUCAGAAAUGUAUUGUGUGUUCAGACAAGCUUAAUAACCUGCCCCUUAAUAUCUUAAAAUAUGCUUGUUUGUGGAGCUCAUAUCAGUUAAUCUAAUAAAGUGUCCUCUGAGGGUAUGAAUUCACUGCCUGUUCUGGCAGCCUAUUUCCUCCUACCUGGCUAUAUUUUCUCUUCCUUUGUUUUAAAAAAAAAAAAAAACGCUAGUUAUUAGUUGACUGCAAAAGAAACCAUUGCUGUUGAUACAUUUGUAUAAACAAUGCGGAACAUGUGCGUAAAGUUUUGGGAUUUUCCUCUGAUCUAUAUCAGGGUGUUCUGAUCAGGAAAUCACCGUAAUCGUGAAUCUUAUGACAAUGAGACACACAUGGUUCUUCUUUCACUCCUCGACAUGCUGCGAGCAAGAAGGAAGAAGGUGACCAUUAGCGCGAGCGGUGCUGAACACAGCGCGAGGACGAGACGCUCGAGAGUAAAACGGUGUAGUGAGGAAAAAGACGGAAAGGACCCUGGAAUGGGAGGAGCAGGUACAUGUUUUCGAAGUGUCCUGUCUUUCUUAAACGGAUAGUGGUUUCAUCACAAGAAGCUGAUCCACCCAACAAAGAAAAUCCCACAUUAUUGCAGACAACAGUGAAGGUCAGGUCUACGAAGACACUGCCACUGCCUGAGGAGCUGGAUUACAGCAAAAUGUGUCCAAAGUGUUCCUCCUUCCUGAAGCCUGCAGUGGUUCCAGCAGGACAUACCACUUCACUACAGCAGUGCCCACGGUGCUCUACCACACCAUUGUGUGAGCAUUGCCUGUACCCUUGCCCUGACAGCACCUGUACCAACCAGUCAUGCCAGGUUGUCUCUAUGCUGCUCACCUGUGACCAAGUUAGGGAUCCGAACAGCCGUGUGUAUGGCUGCCCUCUUUUCCGAGCCUGCCCCAAAUGUCACAGUAUAAUGAUGCACCAGUCAGGGUGUAAGUAUGUGAGUUGUGCACAGUGCAGGCAUAUAUACUGUUUUAUCUGCCUAAGGAUCAAACAAGAGUGCGUAAAGGACACAAACAAGUACUGGUCCCUGACCUGCUCCGCACCCAGAGCAGCACGGCAGAGAUUUCAAACCUGACGAGCUGGACAAAUGAGAUCUCUCACAGCUGUAUAUAAAAUAUUAUAAAGGGAAAAUUUAAACAUAGUGACAGAUCAGCAUAUCUGAGAAAGCAAUCAAAUAUAUUCACUAUUAUUCAAAACAAACUAUUUUUGUAAGCUCAGAACUAACAAUUAUUCUGCAGUGAUGGAAACAUUGUAUAUUCUGACUCAAAACCUAACUGCUUUCCAUCUUUUGAU